GCUUCUUGAAAACUUACCGUUCUUAUCUAUUCUGAAUCUUAUGCUUUUGAAGUCAGCUAUUCGCUGCAGGACCCCGUCUAGGUUGGCGUAUGGGUUCAGUGUCUCUCGACACCUUUCCAACGUUGCAACGGCUAAGAAGCUUUGGGGAGACAGCCUCGUCUUCUCUGAAGAGGUAGAGGCAGCACUGCAUGCUCGCUCCCCAAUUGUGGCGUUGGAAUCAACAAUCAUUACUCAUGGCAUGCCGCAUCCUGUCAAUUUGGAAACCGCGCAAUCCGUCGAAUCCAUCAUUCGCGCUUCUUCAGCUGUCCCGGCUACCAUUGCUAUUAUCAAUGGCAAGAUCCAUGUUGGACUAAGUUCCCGGCAACUCGAGGGAAUCGCAGAUGUUAGCACGGGGCUGGGCAAGGGAUCGGUCAAAGUUUCAAGGCGAGAUCUUGCUCCGACUUUAGCCCUUAGGAGGACUGGCGGUACCACGGUGGCAGGGACGAUGUACAUCGCCAACAGUGUUGGUAUUCACGUCUUCGUCACAGGCGGUAUUGGAGGCGUUCACCGUGGUGCCGAGAACAGUAUGGAUAUCUCUGCGGACCUCAUUGAACUUGGACGCACCCCCAUGGCCGUCGUUUGUGCAGGCGCAAAAUCCAUCCUCGACAUUCCUCGAACCCUUGAAGUUCUUGAGACUCAAGGCGUCUGCGUGGCUACCUAUGGAGGAAACUCCGAGUUCCCGGCUUUCUACCACCCGAGCUCGGGAUGCGAGAGUCCGUGGUCUGUACCGGAUAUCAAAUCCGCUGCCAAUCUAGUCUAUGCCUCUCUUAAUCUUCCCACGCCUCUCAGUGCUCUUCUCGCUGUUCCAAUUCCUUCCGAGCACGCCGAUGCUGGCCUUACGGUACAGAAGGCUGUCGAGCAAGCGGCACGCGAGUCUGUUGAACAAGGCAUCGACAAGAGGGGUAAAGAAGUCACUCCUUGGUUGCUGAAGCGUGUUGGAGAGCUUACUAGGGGUACUGCAUUGGGACUUAACAUCAAGCUUUAUGAGAACAAUGCCAGGAUUGGUAGUCAAGUUGCGGUACAGGUUUCCAAGCUCUUCAGGGAACAGAAAGAUGCAUCCUCUGCCCUCUACAUCCCGGUCUCCUCAUCAGAAUCUUUCCCUAAGCCGGAGUUGAAGAAUGAAUCUCCCAAGCUCGCGCUACCCAACACAUCUACUCAGUCUUCUCUACCUUCCCCCUCUACCCUCGUUUUUGGUUCUGCCGCGGUCGAUCUCACUUCCACUUCAACGCAUAGUCUCGCACCCCGCACAACCACUCCUGGAGAAGUGUUCGUUUCUCCCGGUGGGGUGGGUCGUAACAUUGCCGAGGCUGCUCAAAAUCUCCUUCCUCCUAAUUCCGUUCAGCUUGUCUCUGCAUAUGGAUCCGUCUCUGGCUCAUCUGAAAGCGAUACGACAGAGCCUGAUGCUUUCGGGAAGCUCUUGCUAUUUGAACUUGCAGGUGCCAACAUGAGAGCAGAUGGUCUUGUGGGCAAGGAAGGGCGAAAUACGGCAGUUUGCAGUUUGACCUUGGAAAAAGAUGGGGAUUUGGUUGCGGGAGUUGCUGAUAUGGGUAUUGUGGAAACUUUGACUGAGGAAUUUGUCGCACGAAAAAUUGACGAGGAAAAGCCUGAGAUGGUCGUCUUUGAUUUGAAUCUUCUUGAAGGGGUAGUCAAGGCCAUUCUAACGGCGUGCCAAACCCUCAACGUCCCUACAUUUUGUGAUCCUACCUCUACUCCCAAACUCCCUCGCCUUAUUCCAGCUCUUAACAUCCUCCUCCCAUCUUCACCUUCCUUCCCUCGGCCGCUCACCCACCUCACUCCCAACCUUCUCGAACUUGACCUUCUUCAUUCUCUCUUGAGCUCGUCUGCUUCUGACGAUACUUCCUCCAUCACCUGGGAAUUUAUCAACUCCCUAGGGCUUGACGGGGACUGGCGUGCAAAAGUCGAACGGUUCACCAAUGUCAAUGGAAGAGAGUGGAUCAACGUUAACGGGGUCGUUCAAAAAAUGGUUUCUUGUCUUCCUUAUGUUGCUUCAUUUUGGGUAAAAGCUGGACAAAGAGGACUUUUGCACCUCCGAAUGACAUCGGUGCCUCCUCAGCCAUCACCUGAUACACUGGUUCAUCCCCUCGCCGGACAGCACCAUGGGAAAUACUUGGCUUUUACGCAUUACACGCCCCCCGUUAUCAAACCUGAAGAGAUAAUCAGUACGACAGGAGCGGGAGAUACAUUGGCAGGUGGGUUAGUAGCUGGUUUGGUGGGCGGCAAAGGUGAGCCCGAAGAAAUUUGGGUUAGAAGGGCUUUGGAUCGUGUGGGGAGAAGUCUCAGGAAUCGACGGGCUGUUGGAUAGGUUAUUCCGAUAGUAGCUUUGUUUUUGGGAACAAUAUGGUUGCAUUUCAUGGA